AUGUUGCCAAUGACCCCACAUCAACUGACCAUACUCACCGUCACCUUCUCUUAUACAAAGAGCCGCCGAGCCCUGUGGUUGAUAACACCUUGCACCCUGUCACAAUCCGUGUUCAAGGGAUUAUCAAAAAAUGCCAGCUUGGACCACUUGCCACCUGGAAUGGGAGUCUUCAGUCUGCACCAUCAGCUGCACAAACUCUCACUCUGCCGCCUAGGUCAUUCAAACAACAGUGGCAAUCAACAUUAG